AUGUAUAAAAUUGCUUCACAGUUAGCCAAAGCACUCAAUAAUUUUGAUAAGCCAUAUGGUGGAAUUAAUAUGAUAUUUGCUGGUGAUUUUGCCCAAUGGCCCCCUGUUGGUGGUCAAUCUCUAUACAGUCACUCAGUUGGAACACAAGUCCAUUCAGGCUUAAAGCCAGGUGGCCAAGAAGCUGCUGUUUUUUUGUUGGUGUUUUUUAACUGCCUCCAAGUUGCUGGCCUUAUAUUUCUCUGGGCUUUUCUCUUGGUGUUUUUUAACUGCCUCCAAGUUGCUGGCCUUAUAUUUCUCUGGGCUUUUCUCUUGGUGUUUUUUCACUGCCUCCAAGUUGCUGGCCUUAUAUUUAUCUGGGCUUUUCUCUUGGUGUUUUUUUAA